AUGGAAAAUGUCUGCUUUCAACAAAGGCUCCGAGAUCUUGAGAGUCGAAUUCGAAAAUGGCGAUUCCUUAAGCUCGGAUUCUCCGACGUCCGAUUACGGCAACGUGAAAGAAGAUCUACCUCGGCAGAUCAACGUUUAAAAGAAAGCUCAUCAACAAAUGCGAGUCCUCAACAUCAUCGCCCGAAUAAUAUAGGCUAUUUAACGAGUCCCAUGGAAAGAAAAUUUACACCAUUGUCGAUGAAACCAUCACCAUCACGAAGAGAUACUGAAAAAGAUGAACUUGACCUCGAAUUUCUCGAAAGUUGUAAAAAGUCGGGUAUUAUUGAAUUAGACGAAGUUAAACAACUCGUCAGUCCUAGUGAAAUCAACGUUUUAGAAUUGCUUGGAAGUGGAUCUUGUGGAAUUGUGGAAUGUGUUAAAAUACGAAAUAAAAAAUUAGCAAUAAAGACCAUGUAUAAGAAUGACAACAAAGAAACCCUGCGGCGCAUUCUUCGGGACGUGAGGAUAAUGAGUGUGUCGCAAUCACCAUUCAUCGUAAAAAGUUUUGGAUGCUUCAUGUUCGACUCAUCCGUUAAAAUUUGCAUGCAAAUAAUGGCGACGUGCUGCGAGAAGCUUCUACGGAGAAUAUAUCAUUCGCAAAUGGACUUUUUUCCCGAAUUUGUUGCUGGUCGACUUGUAUUUUCAAUUGUCAACGCGCUCAAUUAUCUGAAGGAACAACAUAACAUAAUUCAUCGCGACAUCAAACCAUCCAACAUAUUGCUUGACUAUGAUGGAAGUUUUCGACUAUGCGAUUUCGGGAUAAGUGGUUACUUAUCGGAGACCAAAUUACAUACCAACAACACAGGAUGUCCACCCUACAUGGCCCCGGAACGUUUAACAUUUGAGAAAAAUUCCACGUACGACGAGAGAAGCGAUGUAUGGUCGUUGGGUGUUACAAUAUUUCAAUUAACAACGGGAAAGUACCCGUUUCCGCUUCAUGACUUGGAAUUCACCACAUUAACGAUCAUUGCUGAUUUGAACAUCCCGCCACCGACAUUGAAAAAUGAAGAAAAAGAUAUUUUCACUGAAGAAUUUGUGGAUUUUGUUGACAAAUGCCUUAUCAAGAAUUCCACAGAGCGUCCAAAAUAUCAAUAUCUUAUGGAACACAAUUUCUACAAGGAUUACGAUCCAAUGAAUGUUGAUCGUUAUAAAAUUUCUACGCUCCCCAAUUCGCUUGACGACGUAGCGGAAUGGUUUCAGAAAAUCCUAGAAUCUACUAAAAAAUCGGAUGAAAAUCGACCCAUUCCUAACACACCUUGUGUCAAUUAG